AUGUCCUUUUUCAAUAAACGGAGAUUGGAUCUUUUGUCAAAAAACGAUUUAUCUAUGUAUAUUUUAAUUUGUAAGGAUUAUAUUGUGGUAGGACGAGGCAACUUUUCUUACCACACAGAUAGAUCAGCAGAUGGGCUUAAUGCAUUGGAGAUGGGAAGACUGGGGCAUGUCAUAUCCCAUCUAAAAAUAGAAAUUCUUUUAAUGAAUCAAAAUGGCUUUGAUAAUACUCUGCCCAGUCUUAAAGGCGAUGCAAGACGUGAAGAUGGAGGCAAAAUGAGCACUUUAUCACGGAUCAUCGUAACCAUCCUGGCUGACAAUAUUGUCAAAUUUCCAUUUGGAAAGUUGUUUUACUUUCUUUUAAAUAUUUUUGUCAAAGCAUUUAUUGGAAAAUAUACGCCAGAAGUAUAUGAGCAUAAUUACAAGUUGACGUUCAAAUUAAAUUUCAAAUCUUUUACCGACCAGUUGUUUCCCAACUUUUUCAACAAAGUACAUUCCUAA